CAGUCUGUUGUCGACUGCCUCUUCCUGCAUGCCAUCCUCGACACCCAUACCGAAACCCUCACCGCCUGCUCUGCCAUGGAGCCCUUCAUUCCACACUCUGUCCGGACGCUCGGCAUUUCUAAAAUCUCUCUCCCUCACCUACGCACUCUCUAUGAUUCCGUGACCAUUGAGCCCUCUAUCGUCCAGAACCACUUCUACGCAGGGAAUAAUUUCGACAGCGUCGUGCGAGCGUUUUAUGCUGAGAAGGGGAUUAGUUAUCAGGCCAUUUUCGUGGUGAAAAGGAAAAAAUUACGCUCUUGGAGU